AUGCAAACACGUUCAAUAUUAGAUACAAAUUCAAAUACUUUAUUUACAAAUAUUGAACGGUUAGGUACACGUGAUUUAUUAUCCUAUGGACAACUUUCAUAUGAUACUAUAUUAACAUCAAUCCAAAGUAAUAAUACAUUACCAUUAUCAGUUAAUUUUGAUGAAGAUGCUUUAAUGAUAUCCUUAAUAAGUUAUAAUUUAUGUAAAUCUAGUAUAUUACUUGAACAAAGACCAAAAGAAUAUAAUGAAUUAUAUAUAAAUUUAAUUGAACGUAAUUAUAAAUUAAUAAUUAAAACUCAUGCAUAUACAUCAUGUUUAUUUUUACUUGAAAAACAAACAAUAAUUGAUAGUUCAUCAAUAAUAUCAUCAUCAGAUAAUAUUUUUAUUGAACUUGUUGAAGAAUUAUAUGCACGUACAAAACAAUCAUCAACAUUACCAUAUGAAGCUUUACUUUUAUUACGUCCUUUAUUAUUAUUACUUACACACAUUAGUUUUUUUUUCGUGCUUUAA